AUGGACAAGGUCCUCGUUUCGGGGUUGAAGGAGCUGCGGAUUCGGAUGAUGACAAACAUCAAGGAACACGUCGCACGCAGACGGUCAGGCCAUGUCGGAGUUGGUGCCGAUGCCUGUGAAGACGACGCCGCGGAGCCCCCUUCGGCAUCCCAAGCAGUCGGUGUCGCCGACACAAGCGGAGAGGCCGGAGACGGCGUCGACAAGGCAGAUGAGGAGGCAGAGAGGGCUGUGGCGAGGACCGCGGAUCAGGAAAAGGAGGAGGAGGAGGAUGACACCGACGAUCAGGAUGAUAACGAGGAGGAUCGUGAGGAGCGUGAGCAGGGGCAUGGGCAGGAGGAGGAGGAGGAGGAGGAGGAGGAGGAGGAGGAGGAGGAGGAGGAGGAGGAGGAGGAGGAGGAGGAGGAGGAGGACGAGGAGGAGGAGGAGGAGGAUGAUGAGGAGGAGGAGGAGGACAAGGAGGCGGCGGCGGCGGAGGCCGUGGAGCAGGGUUUCGGGUCGGUGGAGCAAGUGGCGGAGGGGGAGAAGCAGCAAGAGGGGGAGGAGGAGGUAGAGUUCCCCUGGGUCGAAUUCGAGAUGGAGGAUGUUGAGGGAGCGGCGGCGGUGGCCGUGGAGGGAGCGGCGGCGGCCGUGGAGGGAACGGGCGGGAUGUCGGCGGAUGUUGUGUACGUGCGAGGGGAGGGUGCCGAUGUGGAGAAUGUCGGCGUGGAGGAGGCGCACGUGGUCGGCAAUGUGGUUGGCGACGCGAAGGAGGAGGAUAACGUCGCGUCCCUGACGCCGACGGGCGUGGAGACCACCACAGGGAACGCAGGGGUGGAACGCCGGGGUGGAGCGGUAGAGGCGGGCCGUCAACCGGGUUCCUCAGCAGCUGGUCGGCAGGCAACGCCGGCCGUCGUCGCGCAGCUGCGACAGGAGAACAUGUGGCUGAGGGCUGAAAAUGCUCGUCUCGAGACGGCGCUCGGAGUGGAGAGGGGUCGGGUGGACAGGUUCGCGAUGGGGAUUGGCCACCUCGUGGACAAGCUCAGGUCGUUGGCCGACCAGGUCGCCGCCUCCGACCAGGACGCGUCGAGUCGGCUGAUGGACGCGUCCUUGACCAUGGCGACGACCGUGACGGAGAACAUCACUGCCAACAUGGGUGAAGCAUGGGAGGCGAUGAAGGCGUACGCCGAGAGGGCGGAGAGCUGGUUGGACGAUCUAGAGAAUCCGGAGGGGGUUAUGGCGGUGCAACGUGCGAACGCGGUCGUCGCCCUGGGCAACCACGUGGACGAAGCGAGGAAGGGAUUGGAGGAAUACAUAUCGAAGCACCUAGUCGCCGCGCAGACCAACAUCGCCGCCGCCGUAACUCAACGCGUCGCCGUCCCGCCGCCCACGCAGCCCGCCCCACCGCCAGCCUUCCCGGACGAGCUCAUGAAGUCUUUCAAGGCGGACGUGUUGAAGGCGGUGACUGAGGCCACCCAGCAGUCGUUUGCUGCGUCCGGGUUAAACCUCAUGACCCAGGUGAUCGGCCAUCUGGCGCCUGGUCGGCAUGGGUCGUCGCCGUCGGACAACGAGGCCGACAAGAAGGGUGCGAAAAGGGCGGGCGGCGGAGAUGAUGCGUUGAGCUCGAAGCGGAGCAAGGGAGCCGAUGGGAGCCGCGGCGUCGGCCAGGUGGCUCCAGGCGGCUCGCGGAGCAAGGGAGCCGAUGGGAGCGGAGGUACGAGCGUGGUCGACCAGCUGAAGAAGAACGGGGCCAAGGUGAUAAGGACGCACAGCAAGGGCGAUGGAAUCAGGAGUGCGGAGGGGGGCCCUGCCGACCAGGUUGCCGCUCAAGAGGCUGGACCAACAGCCCCGCCAUUGGUCGCCGAGAAGCCGGCCAGUCUAGCGACCGCACCAACGGCGAUAGAUGGCGGCGCCAAAACCGUCAAAGGACCGUCCGUCGGAGUGGCGGGGACCACGUCGAUCCCCCGCAAACCCCCUGCGGCUAGCAGCGCGCCGGUCGCCCCGUCAGCCGCCAACAACGAUGGGCCGUCCCUUGCGGCUACUCCAGCACCAGCAGGCACGUCUGCCGCCAAGGUUGACGCGGUGGAUGCUGCGGCUAACCGCGCUGGUCCGUCCGCCCCAAAGGCGAACGCGCUCAGGGAGAUGCUCAGCCGCAUGGAGACCCAUCGACAGGACGUGCAGCAGCCUCCCGUGGUCGGCACCGCGCCGGCCACAACAGCACGUCGCUCGGUCACUCCCCAGGUCGCCGCCACAACGUCCAGUGCCCCACCUACCGCGCCUAUCAUCGCCGCCCGUCCUCCUGUGGACCCAAAGUCCGCGUUGCUUCGCGCCCAGUUAGGCGUACGUACUGCGGCUGCGCCGGCACGGGCUCAGCCGGUAUCCAGCUCAUGCGCGACGCCGACGUCGGUGACCGUAGCUGCACACACACUCGGUGCGGCUACUAUCGAGGCGGUGCUGGAGAAGGGCGUGAGUGCAGCGCUAGCCACGGGCGGCAGAUCAGUUGACCCUGCACAGGCGGCGAAGGACCACAACGACGCCGAUAUCGCUGCCAUCCAGGACCUGUUGGAAGCGGUAAACCGCCCCAAGCAGCCCCCUGUGCUGGCCAUCUUGGACUCGGCGAGUCCCACCGGCUGUACAGCGGAGCCAAAGACGACCACUGCUGCGGUCGGCGCGGGAAAGUCGAAACGGAAGGGGACGAUCGACGCAGGGAAAGCGAGGCCGAGCUCGAAGAAGAAAACACGGGCGACGUCGGCGAUGGUGAAGUCGGUGCAGAAAGGACAGGGGAUGGCGACGGCGAUGGUGGAGAAGGAGAAGAAGGAGGAGGAGAAGGAGGAGGAGGAGAAGAAGGAGAAGGAGAAGGAGAAGGAGAAGGAGAAGGAGAAGGAGAAGGAGAAGGAGACGGAGAAGGAGAAGGAGAAGGAGACGGAGGAGGAGAAGGAGGAGGAGGAGGAGGAGGAGGAGAAGGAGAAGGAGAAGGAGAAGGAGGAGGAGGAGAAGGUGGAGGAGGCGGAGGAGAAGAAGCUGGAGGAGGAGGAGGCGGCGACGGAGGAGGAGAAGGUGAAGGUGAAAGAACGGAAGGGUCAUGGCAUCCGCCACGACUCGACGGGCGACAAGCAAGGGUGGGUGGGCGAGAUCAAGGUGGUCGGGAACGAGAGCAGAUACAUCGGCAAGUCCCGCGACAAGAUGGAGCUGGCGUACCUUCACUCCAUUGUGUACCUCCUGUACGACGGUUUCGUCAGCAAGAUCCUCAUGGCCGAGCUCACCGGCCUGGAGGAAACAGUGAUGAAGCAGUGGAGGGCGGUGUGGAAGGAAGUCCGGUUCUUGCCGACUGGGAUGUGGACGGUGAUCUGGGCAAGGGGCGCGUUCCUCCCAAGGACAAGGUUCGACGACAUCCUCGGGAAGUAUAGAGCGUACAAGACAUCAGGCGAUGCGCACCACGACGCGCUUUUGCCCGCGAUCUGGUUCCCCGUCGAUGCCGACGGGAAGUCGGAUGCAAUGAUGUCGGCCAUGCUUGAUCGCGUGUCCUUGUGCGCGGCGUAUGGGGAGGUCGCUGCAUCCGCGGCGAGAAUGGAGGGCGACACGGAUCAGAAGACGGCGAAGGUCGCACAGGCGCUGUCGGCCUCAGCUUGCGCACUGUGGUGCUUAGUCGAGGGCGACGGCGCCCAGGUGGCUGAUGCCGUCCGCGAAGGGAAGGCGGCGGCGAUGUUGGUCGGCGCCAGCGAGACUACCGCCGCCGAGUUCAAGAAGGUCAUGACGGCGGUGCUGGAGGCCGCGAUCAGCAGGCAGCAACCCCUUGGGGAGGUUGCGCACAACGUCGCACCGGCGCUGGAGUCCACCGCUCUGGCCAAAGCCUAUCCGGGGUUGGAUGUUGAAGCCGAGGCCAAACUGAUCGCACGAGCGACGGUGGAAACCCUCGCGUUCUGGGGAAUGUGCCCCGUGGAUGGGCCGAAACUCAGGAAGAUCGGCAUCGCGGUGCCGCUUGACGCGCAGAUGGAGUACGACAUCGAACACAGGGGGAGGAAGAGGCCGAGGGGCAAGCAGGGCAAGGAAAGCUCGGGGAAGAAGGGGAAGAAGGGCAGAGCGGGCAAGGACAGCACGGCGGCGUAG